CACUUAGGGUAGUGGGGCUCGACCUUGCAGCCCAGUGCCUCCUACGAGGCCGACUUCUGACUCUUAGAAGGGGGAGGGACAGUCCAGAGGGAGGGAUCCAGACAGGAGGAGGAAGAAGGGGACCUGGGCACCCAACCUCUAGCCCCCUGCAUGGUGAAAUCCAGGAAGGCCCUUUGACUUCCUUUCCUCUUCUUCCUCUCCCCGCCUCCCUUUCACCAAGCACUUCCAGACUUACCCCACUGAGCGAGUGGUGGUACCCUGAGCAAUUCUGCACAGCCCAGUGUUAGAGCCCGGUCUCCCCCAUCAGGGGGGAAGCGAGGAGCCAGCCAUCAUGGCCACACCUCACUCUCAACCAUUACGGCGGCUGCCUCUCUUGCGCCAGGCCAUCAAGAUGAAACGCCAGAAGGCCAAGGGUCUUCUGCUGGAAACCCCUCCUCAAACUGACCAAGAGAUGGAACCCCCGUCUCAUCACUUCUCCCCAGAGGAGAAAGCUCUGAUCUAUGAGGAAGCUCUCUAUACGGUCCUGCACCGGAUAGGCCAACCUGAGCCUAAACAUGUAGCAGAAGCCACCGAGCUGCUGAGCUAUCUACAGGAGGCCUUUCACAUGACACCUGAGGUACAUCAACAGUUGUUCCGAAAAGUUCAGGAUCUUGAGAAACCUUUGUUUUGUCUGAAAGUGACAGUAAAGCAGGCCAAAGGCAUUCUUGGAAAGGAUGUCAGUGGGUACAGUGAUCCCUACUGUCUGCUGGGCAUUAUUGAGCAUGGGAUGAACAUGGCAGAAAAUGACCCAGGGUCAAAUCGGCGACGGCAGAAGGCUGUAGUGAAGAACACAAUCCCUGAAGACCAGACCCACAGGACUCAGGUCAUCAGUCAGACCCUCAGUCCUGAGUGGGAUGAGACUUUUUUCCUGGAAUUUGAAGAUAUAACCACUGCCAGUUUCCAUUUGGACAUGUGGGAUGCAGACCAGGUGGAGUCCGUGAGGCAGAAACUGGGGGAGCUGACGGAUUUGCAUGGUCUCCGGAGGAUCUUCAAAGAAGCACGGAAGGACAAGGGACAGGAUGACUUCCUGGGAAAUGUGGUCCUGAGGCUGCAGGACCUGCACUGCCGGGAAGAUCAGUGGUACCCCCUGGAGCCCCGCACAGAGACCUAUCCAGACCGAGGGCAGUGCCACCUGCAAUUUCUGCUCAUUCACAAGCGGAGAGCCACCACUGCCAGCCGUACCCACCCCAGCUACACUGUGCACCGCCACCUACUCCAGCAGUUGGUCUCUCAUGAGGUCACUCAGCACCAGGCUGGUAGCACUUCUUGGGAUGGAGAACUGAGCCCCCAGGCAUCCACCAUCCUCUUCCUCCACGCCACACAGAAAGACCUGUCUGAGUUCCACCAGUCUAUGGCGCAGUGGCUGGCUUAUAGCCGACUCUACCAGAGCCUGGAGUUCCCAGGGAGCUGCCUGCUGCACCCCAUCACGGCCAUCGAGUAUCAGUGGAUACAGGGAAGGCUGAAACCAGAGCAGCGGGAAGAACUGGCUGCCUCUUUCAACUCCUUACUGACUUAUGGACUUUCCCUGAUCCGGAGGUUCCGAUCUAUAUUCCCUCUCUCAGCCUCUGGCUCCCCAGCUCGUUUGCAGUCCCUUCUCAGGGUCCUUAUACAAAUGUGUAAGAUGAAGGCGUUUGGGGAGCUCUGUCCUAAUGGGGCACCCUUGUCUUCCCUGGUGACUGAGGUGCUGCGGACAGGCACCCUUGAAUGGUUCCAUCUGAAGCUGCAGCACCAUCAGCCCAUGGUCCAGGACAUGCAAGAAAUGUGCAAGGCCAUAUUGAGCCUGGUCCUAGAUGUCAGUGGGGAUCUGCAUCAGUGUCAGAGAACCUGGAACAAAAUCUUCAACAAUACUCUGAAGAUUGAUCUUUUCUCCAUGGCUUUCUCGGAACUGCAGAAGCUUGUGGCCCAGAGGGUAAAGGAACACAUGGAGAUGGUGGGCAGCGUCGUGAAUCCAGAGAUGGGCGAGAGCUUAUUCCAGCUCUACCUUAGCCUCAAGGAGCUCUAUCAGCUGGUCCCCCCUCCUUCUGAGAGGGAUGGAAUCCUGGAUCUGGAUGGCUUCCAUAAAUGGUUCCUUCCCGCCAUCCCUGCCUGGCUGCUGAAGACUUAUAGUGUGGCGUUGGCUCGGCUACAGCGGGCAGUGCAGAUGGACCAGCUGGUCCCUCUGGGUGAGCCGAUCAAACACAGUACAUCUGCUGUGGAUCUGUCCACAUGCUUUGCCCAGAUUAGCCACACUGCCCGACAACUGGAUUGGCCCGACCCCGAAGUUGCCUUUAUGAUCACAGUCAAGUUUGUUGAGGAUACCUGUAAGCUGGCUCUGGUAUACUGCAGCCUAAUCAAAGCUCGAGCCAAGGAACUCUCUGUCCACCAGAAAGACCAGGGACAAGCAGCUAAUAUGCUGUGCGUGGUGGUGAAUAACAUGGAACAGCUUCGGCUGGUGGUACUGAAGCUCCCCACCCAGCUGGCAUGGAAGGACCUAGAACAGUGGGCAGGGGCCAUCUUGGAGCCAGAACAGCUGCAGCAUACACUACACGCCCAGCUGAAGGGUGCCCUGACUGGCCUGGACCAUGAGAUUCGCAGUGGGGUUCGGACCCUGGCUGAGCAGUUGGAGGCUGGCAUUUCCAGACACAUCCAGAAAAUUGUGGGCACCAGUGAAAACACCGUGCCUGAAGAUGCCAUCUUACCUCUGAUGAAGUUCUUAGAGUCUGAGCUUUGUUACAUGAACAGGAACUUGGUGCAGGAAAACUUUAACAGUCUCCUGUUGCUGCUCUGGACUCACACCCUCAGCGUGCUCACCCAAACAGCUGCGGCCCAGCGGAAUUCAGUCCAGAUCUCCCAAAAGCUGAAAACUGCUCUGCAGAACCUAGAGUUCUGUUUUCAUGCUGAGGGUUGCGGCCUGAGCCCUGAAAUCCUUCACACACCUUCCUUGCAGGAUCUUCAGAGGAAUCUAGAACUGCAGGCAUCUUCCACUCAGGAACUCAUUCAGAGAUAUUUCAGCAAUCGCAUCCAGCAACAGGCAGAUACCACAUCGGAGGAGUUUGGGGCCAUCACCAUCAAGGCCUCCUACCGACUCUCCGAACAGAAGCUCCGGAUCGAGGUGCUCAGCGCCUCCAACCUGCUACCCCUGGACUCUAAUGGCACCAGCGAUCCCUUUGUCCAGCUGACCCUGGAACCAAGACACAGGUUUGCAGAGGUGGCCCCUCGGGAGACACAGAAGUUCAAAAAGGAGCUGCACCCCCUGUUUGAUGAAGCUUUUGAGUUCUUGGUGUCUCUGGAGUCAUGCCAGAAGGAAGGGAAUUGCCUCUUGCUCACGGUCCUGGAUCACGACAGGCUGGGGACUGAUGACCUGGAAGGAGAAGCUUUCCUCCCACUUAAUACCGUCCUCGGGCUCUCUGGGGACAACAGUUCUGGCCAGGUGCCUCAGACACGUUUGCCUCUCACCUACCCUGCCUCUAAUGGGGACCCCAUUCUGCAACUGCUGGACCUCAGGAAGGGUGAUCGGGAAGCUCAGGCUUUUUUUAAGCUCCGGAGGCAGCGGGCCAAACAGGCUGAGCGUUUGGGGCAGUAAAAGUGGAUGGAGCCUGUCUGGGGGCCCAGGGGCUGAGCUAGGUCUGGGAUAUUUCCCUCAUCUCCUACCAGGACAGAUACUCUUAAUCCGGCUCCUCAGCUCCUGCGUGAUUAAGGGCUGACACUGAUGCUGCAGGGGUUCAGAAUGGCACAAUCUAGAAAUUCACCGUGGUAAUGACUAGGUGUGUGUGUGUAGUGCAACCCCAUCCCCUGGGCAUCCUUAGGCCAUCAUGCCCUGGCCACAUCCUGGUUUUUUCCUCUGGGGUCCCCAAGAGGAAUGGUUAACAACUGUCCUCUGCUCAGAGACAUUCUUUAAAACCAGGGAAACACUUUGGGGUUGAAAUGAGGAGGGGAAAAACCAGAAUCUGUAUUAGAUCCUUAGCUUUUCUCACAGAAAAAAAAAAAAUGUUCUGGUCGAACUUAAUUCCAACAGUCAUGGUCAGAGUCAGAGAAUGUCAGAGCUAGGAGGGUCCUCAGGGACCAUGUAAUCUAACCCCUUCACUUUACAGAAAAGGAAACUGAGGCUCAAAAAAGGGGUGACAUGUCCACAGUAAAUGGCAGAGACAGGUCAAUGAUGUAACUCUGAACCCAGUGUCCAAACCUCCUCCUACUUGCUCAGCCCCUAAAGUAUAGAACACUCAUCAGUCUCAUUGGACCUUUGUUCCCUUAUGCACAGAAGAUUGGGAAGGAGGGUCUGACGUUGAGGGGGAAGGAGAAUGCUGCUUUGGACACACAACUGGGGCUAAUCCUGGGCAAGAGAAUAGGGAAAAGAUAACUGAGACCUGAACCCUGUCUCUGGGGCUCUGUGAUGCCAUGAGGGGAUUAUUCCUGGUCUUCUAAAAUUUCCCAGACCCUAGGGCCAGAGUCAGAAGAGUAACAGGAACACAGCUGCUGAUUGACAGAUCAACUUAGAAGUCCAGAUUCCUCUUUCCCACAUUCAACAUUUUUUUUUUUUUUUUUUUUUUUUAGCAAAACAAUAAAACUAUUAUCGUUCUCCUAGAAAGCACACUGUGCUCUCUGUCAGGGGAAGGAUUUACCUGGUCAUAGGCUGAGGAUCCUGGGCUGGCCACCCCACCCCUCUCCUGAGUUUUGCAAAGCUGGUCUUCCCUUCCCCUGCUGGGUAGGCCCAUGGAGGAGGGCGGUGGAGAAGAGAGCCUGUUCUAGGCUGGUUGUGCUGGUCAGGGUAGGUUGUGCUGGCAGGUAGCAGCAAUCAUCUGCUUUGAGGGAAAAAAGUCUUGACCAGAUCACUUAAUAGAAACAUCCAAUUCUGCGUCCCACUCCUCUGGGACUUAUAGAAACACAGGGCUUUGGGACCUCGUAGGUCAAGGCCGUGUGUGAGGCUAUUUUUACAGCAGGGCCCCACAGCUCCGGCUCUUGGUAGACUGUGCCUCAGCUACCCAGGGCCUUCACCACAAAGAGCCCACCAAGUACUCCUUCUAGCCCAGCAAAAUCCAGGUUGGGUUACUGGGUCUCACAGGCGCCUGUCCGUCUAGCCGGGGGAAGCCCACUCCUUGGAGUGCUGAACCCGUGUCCCAUUGGCCACCACCGGCAGAAGUAGCCCACUCAGUAGGCCUGAAAGGGAGUGGCUUCUCUGGCUGCCAACUGGGAAAGGACUCUAAGCUUCUUGGGGUUGGAGGGGAGUGUCUCCUUCCCCCUGAACCCCCAGCAAUAUGGCAGCUGAGAGCACAAAUCUUGAUCUUGGGCUGCCUCAGCUUUGUCCCUGGCAAGUGCUCCAGAACGUUUCUGGAGAAAUGGCCAGAACCUGGAGGGAUUUGUUUGGGCAAUGCAGAAUUGUGAAGAGGUUAAGUCAUUUCAGCAGUCCCAGGAAUGCCUCAUGUUUUGAUGUUUAUCAACCUCUGAGAAUUUAAUGAUAGAUAUGGUAUCACUAUUGCUUAAAUCUUUGUUAAGGAGCACUUGUAAUCUCUUGUGUUGUCUACCUUUUGUCUAGAGAAAUAGCUAUCCCAUUCCUGAUUUUACUUGUACACCAAGUUCUUUCCUACCUUCCCUUUUUUGGGGAGGAUAUGAACCAAACUUUAAGUUUAAAGUAAUUUUCUGGGUUGGGAGAAUAAAGAAACAGUGUACAAGAAAGA